AUGCUUGAUGUCCAUCGAGAAACUUUUGUUAAUAAUAUAGACAUGGCAAUCUUGUCAUCCUGGCCAUCCGUAGACAACAAAUCUCACGACGCAUUGGUAACAGUCAUGGGAAACACCGACGCGAGUAUUGAGCGAAUCGCUUUACAUUUUGACUUGGACGAUAGCACCGCCUUGACAACUUUGGCAUUAUCGGAAGAUUUAUCUAUUGAAAAAGCAAACAUAUUGGCAAGUGAUCUUAAUGCACGCAAGAUAAAACGCUUUGAUACGCUGCAGAACCUGAAUGAUCGAUUAAAGGCUUACAAUGACUGCAGAACUGUAUGGAAAAAUUUCAUGAAUGGGUUGCUUGACUUGAAUACAAGCGAGGCCGCUUCGACUAGUACUUCAUUUGAAGAAAACUCAUCCGAAAGAGCCUACAAAACACUUGAGAGUUCAUUAUCUUCAACGGAUGAGCAAGGUGUCUCUUCAAGUGCCACACCAUUUUGCCCUGAAGGAUUAGAGAAAGACACUGGGACUCGGACAGGUAGUCACAAUCAAUUAGUCCGGUUAGAUAAAAACGUCGUGCCCCAUCAAGGAACGUCUUCCCCGCAAGAUUACUGUUUAGAAGUAAUCGAAAAGGAAGUUAAUGUUGACAAUGUAUUGCCAGAUCUUGAGCCAAAGGAAAGAACACUUGGCUUCUUCGAGAGUCUAGGUGCAUAUGGGUUCAAAGAAUAA